UUCACUUCGACCCUUGAUAAAUCUGCCCCUAAAAGUUAUUUAAAGGUGAACCACCCCAUAAUUAAUUAGGACAUUUUAACACUGAAAAUUACAUAAAUAUCUUUAUCUUUUAGAAUCACUAUGAUUAUUAUGAUUAUAAGGUGUCAGUGACACAGCACUGUAAAAUAAAUAGGUGUAUACUAUGAAGAAACAGAAAACAUACGAAAAACAACUCAGGUUCCUGCAUAAACAAGCUUACAAUCUAAAAGUAUGUUCUCAGUCUCUUUCUCAGCUUAACGUAUGUGAAAGAAGGAACUUCAAAAUAGUAAGUGCUAUUGGGCUGCAUUCAUACAGUAUAUUUUUUUAAACUUGUUAACACCGAUGAGGGCAAUGGCACACGGGAAGACUUGUCGCCCACAGUAAUGAAAAAAAAGCAGGCAAAAAAAAUAUCCCCAUGUGCCAUUGCCUUAAAGAUACUGUAUGUAGCCAGAAACAAUCUUGCUUUUCUUCUUUUUCGUGACUUCGAACUUUAUGCAGUUUAAUUUACAGGUUUAAAGGAAAGGAGAAUAACUUAAAUAAUUGGGGGGGGGGGUGCAAGUUAGGCACUCCCUGCCUUUGUAAUGAAUUACCUGUGUUCCUGUUAGCAGAAAUUGCGGCGGCCUGGGGUAUUUCUGAGCAAGCACCACAGAAUAAUCCCUUCUCCCUCUUCACGGGUGUGGGUGCAAACAUUUAACAGUGGGUCAUAAAUCUCCCCUUGUGCUAUUGUCUUAGGUAUAUAGCCAGAUACAAUGAUCUUGCUUGAACAAUAUAAUAAGUAAUUAAGUCUGUACCUGAUUUAGUAACCCACAGCAACAAAUCAGGUAUAAGGGCAAUGACACACAGAGCUACAUGUCAAAACACCAGACCAAGGAAUACCCUGCCAUAGACACUACAUGUUAUCAUUCAAAAAUGCAAACAAAGGAGACAACUUUCAAUAUUGUCUAUGGCUGGGUAUUAUCUAGUAUUUUGUAGUCACAACAAAAAACAGACGACAAAUAGCGCCCUGCAUCUUUGCUCUAAGCGUUCACACAAGUGAAUAGUACAUUUUAAUUGCUGAUUCUUGCUAAGCCUGGUAGAAAUGUGUUACUUAUAUUAAAUUAUGCCCCAUUAAAGCCUGCUAUAACAAUAUCAUAUGAAAAUUAAAAGACACUCAAGUAAUGGAAUUCUCUGCUAAAGGAAGGAGGUCAUGACUGGAGACAUUGGAUAGUUUAAAACAGGGGUCCGCAACCUUUUUUUAUCUGUGUGCCACAUUUAUAUGUAAAAACAAUUGGAGAGCAACACAAGCAUGAAAAGGGUUCCUGUGGGUGCCAAAUAAGGGUUGUGAUUGACUAUUGGCUACUACUUGAAUAUUUCUAACUUGAGAUAAUUAAUUAAUUAUUACUAAAUAUAUUUAAUUCUUUCACUCUACAGAGAAAGCAAUUAUUCCAAAGCGUAGAUAAAUAUAAAAUAUAUCUACAGUAUAUAACAGUACUACCAUUUAUACUAUGUUGAAGCCCCAGCAGCAAGAAAAAAGCAUAUCCCUACCCAAACUUCUGGAUGCAGUAGAAAAGGCGAAUAAAUAUGAAACACGUGAUUAUACAUCUGGUCAUCUGAACCACAACCAUCUCUUCCAGCCACAAACAACGGACAGAACAUUUUGGAGAAGUGUGAAAGAAAUAAAACAAUCCUUGCCUGGUCAGAAGCAGUUUUCUUCCAAUGAAUUGGACAUUAAUGUAAAGAAAGUUGAGGAUAAAUUUACAAAUAUUUCAGUAAAGACCAGUCUGUUAUCAACCAGUUCUAGGAACAAUUCCUCAAAUGUUCCCACAGGUCCUUAUACCCCAAUAAAUACACCUUUCACGUGUUCCAAAUCUGCAAUCAAUGUCCAGGAAAACCAUGAAUGCAAAGUCCAUAAAAAUGAAUUUCUAGAUUUUCCUGAAAUAAAAAUGUGGAACUUUAGCGCAAAAAAAGCAUCACAAAAAUAUGAAGAGGAUUUCCAUGUUGUGCCUUCCUACCUGGCUGGACUAACAAGAGCUGAUCAGUUCAACAUGUUGCUGCAAUUUAACAGAAAAGUUAUUGGGACAGAUGAUAUGACAAAAGAUUUCUUCAAGAACACUUUAGCUGAACACCUUCAAAGGAAACUUGAAAAGAAGCUAUUGAAGAUAGGCCACGUUACACCUCCACAUUUUGAACGAUUAAAGGUCUUUAGUGAAAUAUUUGAAGAUAUCUGCAAGAACUCAUCUAUUUUUGGAAAUAUUUUGAGGCAAAUUAAGAGUGCAUAUGAACUUAACAUUGGAAACCUUCUGGAUGCGCAAUCUCCAAUUCAGACUGAGAGGUUGAUGGCUGAAAUAAGUGGCAUGAAAAAAAGAGUUGUAGAAACCCAGGACGUAGAAGAUGCUUUGCAAGCUGUAAGAAGACUGGAGCAGGAAGCUUACAUUGCCUUAGAAAGAAAUGAACAGUUGAGAAACAAUUUGAAGGCAGAGUUGGCCAGGAGUGCAAAGAAGGACAUAGAAACAGCUAAAGAAGUUCUACAACCACCAGUGAAGGAAUCAAAUAAACCAAACAUUGCUAGUCUUAGUGACAAAUUUGAAUCAAAGAGAUGUGAAAUACUGGCAAUCAAUGCUGAAAUACAAGGCCUAGAGGAAGAAAUUAAAAUGAAUAUGACCCAUGCGGUUAACGCCAAGCUACUAGAGCGGCACAUCAAGGAUGUUCAGGCAGAAGCUGUCAAAAUUAAAUCUUCAAAUGAAUUUUUACAAAGGGCAAGCAAGGAUCUUGAUUCUGAAAUGAAAAGGCUCCUGAUUAAACAGAAACUAACCUUAGGAAACCAAGAGGAAACAAAAGUUUUGAUAGAAACCUACUUAUCAUCAAAGGAUCAGUCCGCUCAUUUAAAUGGCCACUGAUAUAUUCUGUAAAUUCCUAACUGCUUGUAUAUUUGUAAAUGUGUUUUUAAAAUAAAUAACAGUGUUUA